ACCGGUUUCUGCCCUUUGACCCUGACUCGUCCUUGACUCCGCGCGUGGUUCCCGGAUAUUGCUGGAGAACGGAGCCGGCCGCCGGGCGAUGGCCAGAUACUUAGUCCAGAUCAUCAUCGUUGGGGCUCAGGUGGUGGGGAGAGCCUUCGCCCGCGCUGUGAGGCAGGAAAUGGCCGCUAGUAAAGCAGCAGCAGAAGCUCGUGGCCAGGCUGGUCAGCAGUCAGCAGCAGCCACCAACAUCACUGGAUUGUCACUGCAGGAAGCACAGCAGAUUCUUAACGUGACAAAGCUCAACACAAAGGACAUCCAGAAGAACUAUGAGCAUUUAUUCAAAGUUAAUGACAAGUCGGUGGGUGGAUCAUUCUAUUUGCAGUCCAAGGUGGUGAGAGCAAAGGAGCGACUCGAUGAGGAAUUAAAAAUUGAAGAAAUGGAUCGAGCAAGAAAGGAACAGACAAAACAGCCUGAAACAUGACUUUCAGAAACACUCAGUUUCACAUUCUGUUUAGUUGUUUACUCAUACCUCCAUAAACCACAUGAAAAUCAAAAGUAUUCAGUCCUUGUUUGAAUGGGACAGGAACCAGCUUUGGUAUUAACACUGGAUCCAAGGACUGGGACAGGUACCAAUUCUGGAUGGAAGAAAUUGGGCUAGAAAAGCAGCUGUGAGAAUGUACCAGCACUUGAAUACCAGCUUCCAAUGGUAUUAGCCAAACCUUGAACCAGUUGUGAAUCAUGUACUUAGGGUUUUGUGUAGGAGAAAUAAUUUGAUACAGCAGUGGUAGUGAUGCGUGGAGGUUGCCCAUCAUGAACUCUUCACAACUGCUUUGCAUUGAGCAUGUAGGUCAGAUUAAAUAUUUCUUCUGGGUUACAACAAAGAAAUGGAACUCGUCUUGCUCUUCAGUCACUUUCUAUUUGAGUGUCAAAUAAUGCAACUGGGUGCUAGAUUUGAACUUAUAAAGACCUCUAAAUCUUGCCUCACAUCCUGACCUCCUGAAACACUAAAGGGACUUAUUGCAACUGGACACAUGGUGAAAACUAAUUAUUUUUAAUUUUUUGAAAUUCUGUAAUAUAAUUUUGAAAAUGUCUUGUAACUGAUUGUAAAUAAAAAUCUAUAGGCAGAAAUUUGAUCCUAGCUGCAGGAGAACACAGUAACUGUUUAAGAAUUGCUGGAGCACAGGUUUGUAAAGCAGUGGUCCUGUACAUUAUAAAGUUUCUUGAAGAUAAUAUGCACCAUUCUCCACACAAGAAUGGGUCAAGCUACAAAAGUACAGAUAUAAUAGUCCCAGAUGUAACCACCACAUUUCUUUCACAAUUUGUUCAGUUUUUUUAAGUUAAUAAAUGAUAUGAAAAGUCAAA